AUAAAUGCUCCUUAGUGUCCAGAAACCUGCAGUUUGUUCUACAGCCUGAAGGCUCCACGUGGACUUGGAAAUGGCGCCAUCCUUUGGAGAUGUGGGGAACUGCAGAGAGCUGCUGCUGGCAUCCAGCUCCAUGGAGAGGAGAGAAAGGCAUGUUGGCUAUGUGAGACAUUCGUGACGGGCCUCCACUUCUUCUCACAGUUCUCACGAAUGCGUCCUGGAACACGCACGGAGUGCACGUAGAAAUAUGGCAUGAUUAGAGUCCUGGACCAGCUGAUUGGGGAUCAGUGUCUGGCUCAAGGACAAGACUGGAGGUCUGAAGGUCUGGAGGUCUGGACCCCGGCUGAGGACGCCCUGCCGGCUCCAGCUGACCGUGAGGUUUGAGGGGUCCUGGAUAAAGCUUAGAUCUGCUGGUAGAAGGUGUUGAAGGGCCCAGCAGCAGCAGAGGGACCACUAGAGCUGUCAUUGCUCUCCGGUGACAGCCGGCCUGUUUUUACACCUUCCUUCUAAAUAAGGAAGCGGCCUGACAGACACAUGACCACCGACCCAAUUUGGGAGCAGCCCGGUGCUCGGAGCUCUCAGGCCGCCACCAGUAAGCUCCUUCCUGCUCCAGUCCUCAGCUCAGUGGGGAGCAGCAUGAUGUCAUCCAGGUGGAAAGAAGGUUUUUGGUGAAACCAGAGGAUUCAUCCCGAGGAGAGACAGAGAGGGGGAAAAGAGAGAGAGAACAGAGCGUGUGCGUGUGUGUGAGAGAGAGGGGCGCGGAGGAGCUGCAAAACAUGGUAAUCACCAGCACCAGCAUCUCCAUCACCAGCACCAGCACCUCCAGCUCUGCCACGCACUCUCCCGUCUGUCCUCCUCUGCACCGGGGCUGCUUCAUGCCCAGAGCUCCGCUCCGUGCUCCCAGAAUAACCCCGAGCCAGCAUGCCGAAGGAAGCAAAACAAGAAGAGCGGUAUUUUUAGGCUCAUUAAUUUGGACCACGUGGCCCGAAGGUAAACCGGAUGGCCGUUGCGCAAAGGCUCCUCGUCAGUAUGUCCUGCGAGGCCGGCACGCCGCUCUGGACGCUGCCCGUCGUGGUUCUCCUGGGCUUUCUGCUGGGGAUAGUGUCCGCGUACCCGGUACCGAGCGGCAGGACAAACGCAACCCUACUGGAGAGGCGCUGGGAGACCCUGUUCUCCCGCUCCGUGCUGGGGAUCUCCGGGGAGAAACCGGAGCUGAACUGGGAGAGUGACUAUCUGCUGGGCAUCAAGAGAGUGCGGAGGCUCUACUGCAACGUGGGCAUCGGGUUUCACCUCCAGGUCCUCCCCGACGGCAGGAUAAACGGUGCUCACAAUGAAAACCAGUACAGUCUCAUAGAGAUCUCCACGGUGGACAGAGGAGUGGUGAGUCUGUUCGGGAUCAGGAGUCACAUGUUUGUCGCAAUGAACAGCCGUGGAAGGUUGUACGGAACGACAGUCUUCCAUGACGAGUGCAAGUUUAAGGAGAGUUUGCUGCCGAACAACUACAACGCCUACGAGUCUCUGGUCUACAGAGGAUCCUUCAUCGCUCUCAGCAAGCACGGCCGGGUGAAGAGGGGCAAUAAGGCCACCACCGCCAUGACCGUAACGCACUUCCUACCCCGAAUAUGAUGAGAGUAACUGGCAAUAACUAAACUGAUUUGCACAUGUGGAGUACUUCCCAGGUAACAGAUACCGUAUACGUACAGAACACAAGCAGACAAACACGGACUGUAGAAGAAAGAAAUACCGUUAUAUCUGAUAGUAUUUAUUCAAACUUUAUAUGUAUAUUUGGGUAGCUGACUUUUUAUUAGAAACUAUGGAAAUGCCAUUCUUUGCUGCUUUUAUGAUUUUCACCAUGUUUUUGUGACGUGACGGAUGGAGAGGCGUCAUCUCAGUUUUUCGGGGUGCUUUGCCCCGUCAGUGGAGAUGGAUUCUUACCUCAAAGCACCACAUCCUGACAACCCAGAAGAUGAGGAAUGAGUGCAUGAAGUUUCUACACAGAAGAGUGUCUAUGGACUGAAAAUGUGUUAAUGUGUUGUCGACAUUUCCCCGUCGCUGCGUUCGACUGGCAGUGCGACUGGAGCUCUUCAGACAUGGCGGCGGCUGUUUUUCUGCUUUGUCAUGAGGUGGCGGUGCCUUGAAUUCCUCCUCCUCCUCCUCCUCCUCCUCCCCCUCCCCCUGCAUGCUCAGAAAUAGGAACGAUCCGCCGGUCGUCAUCCCUCAGACUCCACCCGGAGGACUUCAGCACAAUUCCUAGAGUGCCAGAGCUUUCUCCACUUUAUUUUCUUUCCAGAAUUAGAUCAAUUAAGUAAUUGAGACUCUGUGCUGCACAGGACCCAGUGGAGCCUCUGGUUAAUGUGGAAAGCCAGAUUUAGAGUCUCCAUCACAUCCACAGGAGCUCUGACAAUCCCAGGUUUGAUUUCUCAGUUCUGUAGCCGAUCAUCAGGUCAGACGGAGUGUGAGAGUGUGUGUCGGUAUUUAAGGAUGAAUGUGGAACUGAUGAACUGAUUUAUUUAUUUUCUGUAGAAGAAUCUCAGAGACCUGACACUAUGAAGAGCUAAACGUCUUCUUGUAUGUUAGAUUUCCCCACUUUAAAGUGUUCUCUGGAUUUUACUCAUUUAUUAUUUUCUUCUAAAUGUGUCGUUUAGAGCAGACAUGAGAAGCUGCUCGACUUUCAUGCUGGUCUCAAGAUAUCUGACUCUGAAAUUAACGUGGUUCUGAGUGAAACUAAAGAGUGAAUCUGUUUCUGAUGAGUCGAUGAACUGGAAGUACGACAUCUGCUGUGUUAGUUUGAAAUAUUUGGUGAUUUGAGGUUUGUGAAAACUUCUGAAGGCUACGCUGAUGUUUAGAUGAAGUGGAUGAAGCUUAUUUCAGUCACACUUUGAAGCUAUUUGUGCAUAUUUCAGAGGAGUCAACAGCGAACCACAGGGGUGUUUAGCAGUGUUCUUGGAGUCUUCAUCUGCAGCGUUCCAUACUUGAAUCCAGCGACUGCUCCUCUCAGAUACUGUAUUUAUCUCCAAUGUGGAAAAGGAGGAAGCUCAAAGGGAAACUAGCAGAGAUGGACAUCCAUGUGGCGCUGACUGUUUGUGUGGUGACGAUGUGGAGAAUUACCUGAGCAGGUAAAGCUGUUCAGACCGGUGCUCUGAGGAUCCUGAGAGGACGUUCUGUGUUUCUCAUGGAGACUUUUUGUUUUUUCUGGUCCGUUGAGGCUCCUGUAGACCGAAUGACCAGAUGAGGUCUAAUGACGUGAAAUGAAGGCAUCCUAGGUUAAAAAAAAAAGAAAAAAAAAAGUCUUCUAGUAGUGGGAAUGAGGUGCAACUGAGCAGUAACUAAAUUAUUUAACUACUUUACCUGCAAAAUCCUGCAAGUAGCAACACCCCAGUACGAGGUCAUCUGGAGAAAAUAUGGUGAAAACGGUAGCAGACGCUCUUCUAGACGUGUUUUAUUCAUAUUUGACCUUCUCUCAUUACUGUAACGCAGAAUGUCUGAACGACGGUUUGGCUCCUGUCUAGAAUGAAUGAAUGAAUGAGUGAGUGAGUGUGUGUGCAUGUGUGUGUUUGUGCACGUGUGAAAGCGCUCCUGUCAGGUUCUGUUUCUGCCAAAGCGAUGGUGGAGAUGGUAUCAGAUGGAUUUACCGUGAGUCAGGACAAACGGUUUGAGGACAAAGACCAGAGGGACGGUUUGAUGAAACCUGGAGGCUUAGAGGAGGAGAAACACUGACUGGUUUCUGGUAGUUAUGUAGCAAAAAGACCUCUAAAAUAAAAUAAAACUGAAUCAAAUGCUUCCAGGAAUGUUGGAGUUUCCUGCUGGACUGAAUACUGUGAUGAUCCCAGGAUGUUUCUGAAGAACUGUCUUUGCCUUCAGCAUCUCCUCACUCAUUAGACUGAUCAGCCUUUUUAUCAUAUCUCUGAUCGGAAAUGAAAACACGAUCGGUUGUAGCUUUUUCUGGGCUGAUCUGGUGGGAGCCGGCUGGAGAGAUGUUUCAUGAAAACGUGCUAAAAAAGGUGCAGAUGUUUUGUAUGGAGUGCAAUCUUCUGAACAUGACUAGAUGUUUCCCUACACCCCAUCCUGCUGACAUGCAGAGAACAGAAAGGACUUGUUCUGAUGAUGGUGUUGUGUGAUUUUACUGGGUUAUUAUGGGAUGUUUCAGUCACAGCAGCUCGUUGGACUGGAAGUCUGAUGAGAAUGAAGUUGAUAUUUUUCACCGGAAGCAACUCAGCUUGGUGUCAGAAGGAAACAUCUCUGCAUGAUGCUGGUUGUAGGAUGCAGCAGAAAGCCGUUAACGGUGAGAAAACACGAGCCCUGUACUUCCUGAUUCCUCAUUAUGCAUGUAGAGUUCUGGAUGGACGAGGACGUCUUCCUCUGAUUCAGGAUCCAGACUCUAGAUUCUGCCAUUCUUCUACCUGUUCAGCUGGUUUUAAAUGUGUUCACAGGGAACCGGAGGUCUGUCAGCAGAUCUGGGAUCAGAGUUGUGUCGGCAGCCUCUGUGUUUCUUUCUCAGUUUUCUAUUCCUGCACUGAGGGGAGAGUGCUUCCUCUUUUGAACAUAUACCUCACCUUCUGCCUUAGUUCCGAUUAUUGAAAUGAUUGUAAAUUAGUUUGAAACAACAGACUUCUCCAAUCAUUUGUUUCUGAAAAAUAUGAUGAUGAGUAAGUAAAAUACUAUAUUACAAAUGGUUUUCCUUUUAUUUUUGUACGUAUGUGCUGUGCACAGCAGUCAACUGUAUUCCUGAGACGAUAAUAAAAGACGUUUUGUAAAA